UCAUCAAUUAUGCUUCACUAUUUUGAUUUGGUGGUACAUUGAAUUUUCAAAUCUGAUGCAUUGAAAGCGUUACAUGGUUCUUGAAAACAUUAAUAACUUCAUUUCUUACCUCCAAUUUGAAAAGGCACAACCCACAAGUAUGUUUUUCAAUUUGCAAAAUCAUUUAUGUGGAACAAUUCGUCCACAACAACAGGAAAAUGGGUUACUUUUACGCCAAAAUGAACCAACUGUAUGGUACUUACAAUACUGUCGCCUUUCACUCAAUUUGUGCGGUUGCUGGAGCAACCAAUUUGCUGAAUCAGAUUAUUCAUGAUUUGUUGCCUUCAGUUUUGGAGGGAUCUUUAGAAAAUGAAUCAGUUGCUAACACUGGUGCCUUUCUUUAUCAACUUUAUCCCACUUUAUAGGAAGUCUAUGCGUAUGUGUGUCACUCUCCAUGUAACUUGGUAAUUUUACUUGACAACUGAUAGGAUUGUUCAAGCUAUCAGGUUUUAUUCAUGAAUUUUUUUUUCACCUGUCCAUUAAUGGCAGCUUCGAAAAGUUCGCUGGACCAAAGGAACCUUUCCUAUUAUCUACAUACGAGACUACAUAUAGCCGGGAAAUGCCCCCGGAACUGGAGCAAAUCUCUUGGAUUACCAUUCCUGGCCUUAUCACUGUCAUGAAUGGAGAAGAGGUUGCCCAUCAACGUUCCCUCACAACGGUGUUAAUCUUCAACAGGAGUCCUAGAAAUCAGUCUCUAGGGAGCAUUGUCGAAUCCCCCCGCCCACGCAAACACACUGACACGCACACGCCCUCUGCCCACGACAAGUCUGCAACUCUGCAUUCUACGGUCAUGAGAAUCAGGGCGAGAGGUGCCCUCUUCUUCUCUUUCUCUGUUGCUCCUGUGUAAUCCUUCGGGAGGUUUUCUUGGCCUCCCAGGGAUGCCGCUCACAAGUUCGAGGGCAAGGUGAGUAAAAAGGCCGGGCAGCCGUGAAGAUCAAGUCAGUUGAUGCCGAGAUGCCGCCAAGUUCAAUUCACGUAGGAAUUUCUGCUUGGGUCUUCUGGCUUCUUCUCAGUGACUUGAUUGUGAUCAGCGUGUUCUCGUUUCCGCAAGCGAGAAGCGAAGAGGGAUUCUAUCCGGACCACGUCUUCUAUGAUCCAUACCAUGGACCUGGGCGUUCCUACUAUAUCAGGGGAUACCCUGCUGUAGAUGACCAUCAAAUGUAUUUAGCUAAGUUUAAUGGAGCCCAGGGAAGCAUCGACUCCCAACUCGUGGAAGCCUUGAUCCGAAAUUAUUUGGACGGUCGUCAUAUGGACGGUUUAGUCGACGAAGACGAAGUCCGAAGACUCUUGCAAUUUAAUGGAGCCCAGGGAAGCAUCGACUCCCAACUCGUGGAAGCCUUGAUCCGAAAUUAUUUGGACGGUCGUCAUAUGGACGGUUUAGUCGACGAAGACGAAGUCCGAAGACUCUUGCAAGUGCGGAAACGGGGAGAGCUCCUCACCUAG